AUGGAGAGGGGACUUUCUUCGAUCCAGGCGGUCGUGGAGGACUACGUCUCAAGCGUCGCGCCCAGUUCGUCGGCCUUUGGUUUUUUGACCCUGGUGCCAUGGAGUUCGCAGGAUCAGCCAGUCAACGUGCUGGCCCCCGAGGCAGGCAAGAGAGAGAUUAGCCAGAGCAACAUCACCCAGAUGGUGGAGCAGCACGAGGCCGUGGUGAUCCCGUCCGUGUACGAGACAAACAAGGAGAAGAUGGGCUUGACGCGUCUCUUGGACUAUCUGACGGCCGCGCACCCUGACGCGUACGUUGUCUUGGUGCAGCUGCCAGAUCGGUUGGGUGCCGAGCUGACCAGGGGCUACCUCUGUACCUUGAUGGCGCGGCAGGAUCUGCUCCACAGCUUUGGGGCCAGCGGCGUGCUGAUGGAGCUGGUGGGUGACCCAGAGGGCUUGCAGCAGAAGGUACGUCUGGAGCUUACAGAGAACACCGCGAUCCAGCUGCGUGUGCAACGCUAA